UAAAACCAGCAUGGUCAGAUGACCAGUGAGCCAUUUGCAGCGUUUGCCAUCAUGAAGUCUUUGCUAAUUCUGUGCGCUCUGGCGGUUAUAGUGGCUGGGGUGGUAUUGGCACAGGUUGACGAGAAUUUCGGCAAUGAAAAAAUCGAUGAGGUUGUGAGUCAAUCCAAAGCACGUCAGCUGAGCGACGAAGAGCUGGAGGCCAUGGAAAAACAAUUCCUAGAGUCUCGAAUAAACUACCUGGAGCUGAACCCAGAUCUGUACCAAGGCGACAUUCUGCUCACGGACGAGCAGAAAAGAGCUCUCAAGGAGCGCAAAGUCAUCGCCGACAGCACUUACUGGUGGCCCAAGUCUGCGAACGGCUACGUCGAUGUCGAUUAUCGCUUCAAUGCGUCUGCCACUAACAGGUCGAUAUCGAGACAAGCCAUGGACGUGUGGGAAGCAAACACUUGCAUCAGGUUCCAUGAAAUACCUGCUGCGGUGAACUACCCGCAUCUUGUAUUCCGAAACGACGGACCGGGCUGCUACAGCUCUGUUGGCAGGAUUUCUUGGAUGAAUGGGCAGGCAGUGAACUUGGCAAUAGACUGUUUCAACGCGAUUGGCGUUCCUAUCCACGAAAUCGGCCACGCCAUGGGUUUGUUUCAUGAACAAAGCCGCUUAGACCGAGACGACUACGUUACCGUGAUGUCGGACAACAUCCAGCCUGGCAAGGCGAAUAAUUUUAACAAGGAAGUAACGAACAACUUCAACCUCCCUUACGACUACUCGUCCGUCAUGCAUUACGGUUCAACUGAUUUUUCCGUGAACGGAAACGAAACCUUGAUUGCGAAAAACCCGUUCGGUCAAAUGCUUAUGGGCCAGCGCAAUGGCCUCUCAUUCAUGGAUAAGAAGAUUGUUAACCUUCAGUACAAUUGUACACAGCUUGCGUCGCCCUCACCAUCCGUCGAGUACAUACAAUUGAUAACAGCACCGACGUGCAAGAAAGUCCGACUGACGAUUACAGCUUUCGGGCUUUACCAACGCAUACCGUAUUAUGGUCGCGACACCUGCUACUUUCAAUUCUUAACAAUCCGUAGAAACGAUAAUCUUGCCAUCUCAACAACGUACUGUAACGCUGAAAUCAACGUGGGUGACGUGUUUGAGAGCGAAGGAACAAGAAUGGUUUUGCACUUCAAAUCUCGUCUGAAAUUCUCAUCCGGGACGGGAUAUGCUGCAACCAUCACUUUCAUUGACCAGACAACGCCUGAUUGCACCACGUCUACCUCGACAUCGACGUCUACUUCCACCCUUACUUCUACAGAUACAUCUACGUCUACUUCCACAUCUACAUCCACCACUACUUCCACAUCCACUUCUACUCCUACUUCCACAGACACAUCGACGUCUACUUCCACAUCUACUUCCACCCCUACUUCUACAGACACAUCUACGUCUACUUCCACAUCUACAUCCACCCCUACUUCCACGUCCACCCCUACUUCUACUUCCACAGACACAUCGACAUCCACUUCCACCGCUACUUCUACAGACACAUCGACGUCUACUUCCACAUCUACUUCCACCCCUACUUCCACAUCCACUUCCACCCCUACUUCUACAGACACAUCUACGUCUACUUCCACAUCUACAUCCACCCCUACUUCUACUUCCACCGCUACUUCUACAGACACAUCGACGUCUACUUCCACAUCUACUUCCACCCCUACUUCUACAGACACAUCGACGUCUACUUCCACAUCUACUUCCACCCCUACUUCUACAGAAACAUCGACGUCUACUACCACCCCUACUUCCACAUCAACUUCCACCCCUACUUCUACUUCCACAUCCACAUCGACGUCUACCUCCACAUCGACUUCCACUACUACUUCCACGCCACCAUCUACUUCUACGUCUACUUCCACGCCAACAUCUACUUCUACAUCUACUUCCACGCCAACAUCUACUUCUACGUCUACCACAACCACCAUUUCAACCACAGCGAGGCCCACCAUCAUCAACUCCGGCAUCAUCCCGCUGCUGAUGUAUUUGUAUGGCAGCUGUACUCGACUUGGCACCGGUCAAUACUCCUACAUCCUGAGCCCCAACUACCCGAACUCUCAUGCGCCCAACUCGUACUGCUACAUCGUCUUCAAUACGGUUAGUGGUCAUUGUGAGCCCAACUACCCGAACUCCCAUGCGCCCAACUCGUACUGCUACAUCGUCUUCAAUACGGUUAGUGGUCAUUGUGAGCCCAACUACCCGAACUACCAUGCGCCCAACUCGUACUGCUACAUCGUCUUCAAUACGGUUAGUGGUCAUUGGGAGCCCCAACUACCCGAACUACCAUGCGCCCAACUCGUACUGCUACAUCGUCUUCAAUACGGUUAGUGGUCAU